AUGGAAUCCGCCAAGCCCAUCACGCUGAAAUGCGGACUCACGCUUCCCAACCGCACAGUCAAGGCCGCCAUGGUCGAGAAUCUGGCGCGCGCGCCGCACUUCCUCCCCAACGAGCAGCUGCUGUCCCUGUACCGGCUGUGGGCGGACGGCGGCUGGGGGAUGAUCAUGACAGGCAACGUGCAAGUCGACACGAUGCACUCUGGUGGGCCGGGCGACGUGGGCGUGGACGCGGGGCUCUCCGACGCGGAGCUAGUGGCAGCCUUCGGGGCGUGGGCGCAGUCGUGCGGCACGUCGGCGGCGUCGGUGGUGCAGCUCAGCCACCCGGGGCGGCAGUCGCCGGCAGGGGCGGGCAAGCGCGGGCUGUUCGCUAAGACGGUGGCGCCGUCGGCGGUGCCGCUGCGGCUCGGGACGGGCAUCGUGGCGCGCGUGGGCGGGGCCAUCGUGUUCGGGACGCCGCGGGCCAUGACGCUCGACGACAUCGCGGCCGUGGUGGCGCAGUUCGCCCGCGGCGCGCGCAUCUGCGCCGAGGCCGGCUUUGCCGGCGUAGAGAUCCACGGCGCACACGGUUAUUUGCUCGCGCAGUUUCUUUCCGAGUCGGCGAACCGCCGCACCGACGCGUACGGCGGCAGCCCCGAGGCGAGGGCCAAGUUUGUUGUUGAUAUUGUGCGCGCCGUGCGCGAGGCCACGGCUUUCCGCAAGGGAUUUUGUGUCGGAAUUAAGUUGAACAGCGUCGACCACCAGUCCGCGGCCGCCCUGAGCGACUGCGUCAAGCAGCUGCGCCUCAUCGAGCAAGCCGGCGUCGACUUUAUCGAGAUUAGCGGCGGCACAUAUGAGGAUCCUCAGAUGAUCCUCGGACGGCAGCCGACGGAGAAGAAGUCGGCGCGGACAGUCGCGCGCGAGGCCUUCUUCCUCGAGUUCGCGCGCGCCAUCCGGUCCGAGUUCCCCGAUACGCCGCUGAUGGUCACGGGCGGGUUCCGGACGCGCACGGGGGUCGAAGCAGCAGUGGCGAGCGGCGACUGCGAGCUGGUCGGUAUUGCCCGGCCGGCCGUCAUGAACCCGGCGCUCCCCAGCAACACGCUGUUCAACCCCGAAGUCAGCGACGCCGACGCCACGCUUUUUUCGAAGAAGAUCGAGCCGCCAUGGCUCGCCAAGAAGCUUGGGAUCAUGGGCAUUGGCGCCGGUUUCGAGACGAUAUGGUAUAAUGGCGAAAUGAAGAGACUGGUAACAGCAAAGAAGUAA